CCUGCUAGGUUGCUUCCGCCCACCAACUCAACAACUCGGGUACGUGAUAACUAUGUCCAUCAAAUUUUAAACAAAACUGAAGAAAUUGCUUAGCUUGUGUACAAAUUAAUAUUUCACCAAAGCUUACAUACAUUCAAAUAAAUCACAUAUUUUUUUUGUCUUGUCUUUGCUCGGAGUUAAACCCUGGUACUCGGUGAUCCAUUACAACUUCAUUUACCGCUAGGAUACAUAUGCUCCUGUGUAAAUUAAUUUUUGUUUUGUUGUCUCAUUUUAUGCAACAAUAAAAAAAUUUAAAAUAUCAACGAUAUAAGUACACUAAUUCUUUCCCUCCCACCCAAUUUAGUGGCAAGUUAUUCCAGCUACAUUUGAGAGCAAAUAGUGCAGUGGGUGAUGAACCAACAAACAUUGGUGGAGAGCUUCCAACAAUUCCGCCACAUUUUAAAAACAUGCAUAGCCCAAAGAAACCUCUUAACUGGCAAAUCUCUACAUACACUUUACAUCAAAUCACUAAUUCCACAAUCUACUUACUUCUCCAACCAUUUCAUCCUUCUCUACUCCAAAUGUGGCCUACUUAACACUGCUCGUAAAGCUUUCGAAGCAACCCAAGAACCCAAUGUCUUCUCUUUCAAUGCUAUCCUCAAUGCCUAUGCUAAAGAAGGUCAACCCCACUUUGCACACCACUUGUUCGAUAAAAUUCCCCAACCAGAUAUUGUUUCUUAUAACACCCUUAUUUCUGCUUAUGCUGACCUUGGUUACACUCUGCCUGCUGUUAGACUCUUUCUUGACUUGAAGGACACGUGUCUUUCUAUGGAUGGGUUUACACUUUCCGCUGCUAUUACUGCUGCUAAUGAUAAUGUUGGUUUUAUAACUCAGCUUCAUUGCAUGUCUGUAUAUACUGGCCUUCACUCUUAUGCUUCAGUUAACAACACGCUUAUUACGUAUUAUAGUAAAAAUGGGGUUCUUGAUUAUGCGCGAGGGGUUUUUGAGUCGAUGGGUGAGAUAAAAGAUGAGGUUUCUUGGAACACGAUGAUUGUUGCUUAUGGGCAGCAUAGGGAAGGGAUAAAGGCAUUGGCUUUGUAUAAAGAAAUGGAAUUUAGGGAGUUAUGUUUAGAUAUGUUUACUUUGGCAAGUGUAUUGACAGCGCUUACAUCUAUGGAAGACUUGCGUGGUGGGCUUCAAUUUCAUGCUCGGUUAAUCAAAAUGGGGUUUCAAGAAAAUCCACAUGUUGGAAGUGGGCUGAUUGAUUUGUAUUCAAAAUGUAGUGAUGGUAUAUUAGAUUGCAAGAAAGUAUUUCGGGAAAUUCCUUAUCCUGACUUGGUCGUUUGGAACACAAUGAUUUCUGGAUAUUCACAGUCUGAAUUGUGUGAAGAAGCUGUUGCUUGUUUUAGACAAAUGCAGCUUGCUGGUCAUCAACCUGAUGAUUGCAGCUUUGUUUGUGUGAUUAGUGCAUGUUCUAACUUGUCAUCGCCGUCGCAAGGGAAACAGAUUCACUCUUUGGCAAUCAAAUCUAGCAUUCCAUCCAAUCGAAUCUCAGUGAACAAUGCUCUCAUUUCAAUGUAUUCUAAAUGUGGAAAUCUGCAAGAUGCAAGACUACUUUUUGAUAGAAUGCCUGAGCAUAAUGCUGUCACUUUAAAUUCUAUGAUAGCAGGCUAUGCUCAGCAUGGGCAUGGAGCAGAGUCACUUUUACUAUUUGCAUGGAUGCUUGAAGGAAAUAUGACACCUACACAUAUAACUUUCAUCUCUGUCCUAUCUUCAUGUGCACACACUGGAAAAGUCGAGGAAGGGAAGAAGUAUUUUGGUUUAAUGACUCAUAAAUUUGGGAUAAAACCGGAGGCUGAGCACUAUAUAUGCAUGAUCGAUCUUUUGGGUCGAGCAGGGAAGCUCGAAGAAGCAGAGAGACUAAUCGAAACAAUGCCAUAUAAUCCUGGUACAAUUGGCUGGGGCUCGUUACUUAGGGCAUGUCGAACGCAUGGUAAUAUAGGGCUAGCAACAAAGGCAGCUAACCAGUGUGUUCAGCUGGAUCCAUCAAAUGCGGCGCCGUAUGUCAUGCUUGCGCACAUGAAUGCUUGUCUCGGCAGAUGGGAAGAGGUAGCAUCGAUUAGAAAAGAAAUGCGAGACAAGGGAGUUAGAAAGCAAGUGGGGUGUAGUUGGAUUGAGGUGGCCAAGAGGGUUCAUGUCUUUGUGGCAGAAGAUAGUUCUCAUCCGAUGAUAAAUUUGGUGUAUAAAUUCUGGGAAGAGAUGUCAAAGAAGAUGAAGCAAGAAGGGUAUUCUCCGGAUUUGAGGUGGGCUCUGCUGAGAGAUGAUGGAACUAGGCAGGAGGAGAGAGAGAGAAGCUUGUGGCAUCACAGUGAAAAGCUGGCAGUUGCUUUCGGACUUUUAUCGACCAAAGAUUCUGAACCUAUUCUUAUCAUAAAGAAUUUGAGAAUAUGUGGUGACUGUCAUAAUGCAAUUAAGUUUCUAUCUGGUAUGACAGGAAGAGUGAUUACAGUAAGGGAUUGCCACAGGUUUCAUUGCUUCAAGGGUGGGACAUGUUCUUGUGGGGAUUACUGGUGAUAGCUGAUGAGUUUAGCAAUCAGAAUGCUGAUCCGAUUACAAUCAAUUCAUGUGAUUGCCAUGCUCUAUGGAGAGUGAAUUUGUGAACGUUAUACAGUGUACUUUGAGUUAGUAAGAUGGACUACAAUUUUGGGACUACAAUUUUGUAUUUCUUGGCAACAGAAAGAUGGGCCUAAUAUUUUUGUUUAACCAAUUGAAAUUAUAAGGGGUAUGAAGAUGCCAACCUCUUGUUCAUUCACUGCAAGGUUAAUUACAAGGCAACUAUGGAAUGUGAUGUUACAUCUUAAAGAGGUGAAAUGGUGCAUGCUUGAGACAGCAAAAGAACCCUACAAAAGCUGGAGAAACAAAGUAACCAGCAAGAAUUUUAGUGUGUGCAACACAAUCCCAGCAAGCAUAUGGUGGGUCAUACGGAGAAAAAGAAAUCAUAAAACUUGAAGGCGGUUGGAUAGCAACAAUGGUAAUUUCUUGACCAUGAAUGAUUGAACAACAUGAAGAAAGAUCAUUUUGAAUCCAAUUAAAGAUUAGUCACUUCAUGUUAUUCAUUGUUUAACAUGGUGAUAUAAGCAAAUUUUUAUUUCAAAAA